GCCACCUCCAAUGAGCAGCAAGAUCUCUUCUGUCAGAAGUUGCAGCAGUGUUGUGUGCUCUUUGACUUCAUGGACUCUGUUUCUGACCUGAAAAGCAAAGAAAUCAAGAGAGCAACAUUGAAUGAACUGGUUGAAUAUGUUUCAACAAAUCGUGGAGUGAUUGUUGAAUCAGCUUAUGCAGACAUAGUAAAAAUGAUUAGUUCUAAUAUUUUCAGAACACUUCCACCUAGUGAUAACCCAGAUUUUGAUCCAGAGGAAGAUGAACCAACUCUUGAAGCCUCAUGGCCUCACAUACAGUUGGUGUAUGAAUUUUUCCUGAGAUUUUUAGAGAGCCCAGACUUUCAGCCGAGCAUUGCGAAGCGAUACAUUGACCAGAAGUUUGUACAGCAGUUGCUGGAGCUCUUUGAUAGCGAAGAUCCACGAGAACGUGAUUUCCUAAAGACAGUUCUUCAUCGAAUUUAUGGAAAAUUCCUUGGUUUAAGAGCAUUCAUCAGGAAACAGAUAAACAACAUUUUCCUCAGGUUUAUAUAUGAAACCGAGCACUUCAAUGGUGUUGCUGAGCUUCUUGAGAUAUUAGGAAGUAUUAUCAAUGGUUUUGCACUGCCACUGAAAGCAGAGCACAAACAGUUCCUCAUGAAAGUUCUGAUUCCCAUGCAUACUGCAAAGGGAUUAGCUUUGUUUCACGCACAGCUGGCCUAUUGUGUUGUACAGUUCCUGGAAAAAGACACAACCUUAACAGAGCCUGUAAUCAGAGGACUGCUGAAAUUUUGGCCAAAAACUUGCAGUCAGAAAGAGGUAAUGUUCUUAGGUGAAAUUGAAGAAAUCCUAGAUGUAAUAGAACCAACACAAUUCAAAAAAGUAGAAGAGCCUCUAUUUAAGCAAAUAUCCAAGUGUGUAUCAAGUUCACAUUUUCAGGUUGCAGAAAGAGCAUUGUACUUCUGGAAUAAUGAAUAUAUUCUUAGUUUGAUUGAGGAGAACAUUGAUAAAAUUCUACCAAUUAUGUUUGGCAGUUUAUACAAGAUCUCCAAAGAACACUGGAAUCCCACCAUCGUGGCACUCGUGUACAACGUGCUGAAGACACUGAUGGAGAUGAACGGCAAGCUCUUCGAUGAGCUCACCAGCUCCUACAAAGCAGAGAGGCAAAGAGAGAAGAAGAAGGAAUUGGAACGUGAGGAGCUGUGGAGAAAGCUAGAGGAGCUGAAGCUGAAGAAGGCCUUGGCAGAAAAACAGAACAGCACUCACAACGUGCUGAAUGCACACAACUCAAGUGCCAAAUAAACAAAAUGACAACCUCUACACAACAGAUGUACUUUUUUCCUACCCUUUUGAAAUAUAGAAAAACUUGCAAAAUAAACCUCAUCAGUAUAAUAGGAACAGCCGACUUUUUCUCUGGCAAAAUGUAAAUGAAAAAGAUUUAAGUUCAGCAGUUAAGUGAUGUCAUUACCACAGCAUAUUGUAAAUUUUGUCUAAUUAUUGAUAUAUUGUCACUUCCAACGUUUCAUAGAACUGAAUUACCUUUAAUGAGUGAAAUAAUUAUGGGAGUGGUGAGAACUAUGACUUGAAUUUUUGAUUGUGUUGCACAUAGGUGGUAUAGUUUGCUCUGUACAUUUUUUUUCCUUGUUUUAUACGUGCUUUUCACAGCGCUGCAUACCUUGGUUAAGACUAUAGAAGAGGCUUCUAGUUGUGCUGUAUUUUCUCAAAUAAAACCAAGGUACGUUACCAGGAACUUGAGACAUCUGCUAUGUGCCCCUCGCAACGCCGAA